AUGUCGUCGUUCUUCUCGAGACUCAUGUUGGCUAUGAGCUGUUCGCGAGGCAACAACAUCAUCAGCCUCAACGGGAAUGAAUGGACUCUCACAUCGCCAGGCAACGAUUCCUUCAAGUCAAUUCCCGCCAAGGUACCAUCACAAAACUACGUUGAUCUUCAGGCCGCUGGAGUAACUCAAGACAUUCUGUAUGGGUAUCAGGAGGAUGAGCAGGUCUGGGUGCAAAAUUCCAACUGGAGCUACAAUCAUGCCGGUGUCACAUUGGACACUUCCCCAGGUCUCUCGACUCACCUUGUCUUUGAAGGCCUUGACACGUUCACAACCAUCAGCUUUUGCAACGAAGAGGUAGCCACCACCAACGAUCAAUAUCAACAGUAUAUCAUUGACGUGACCAAUAUCGUCUCCAGCUGCAAAGCCAGUCCAAUCCCUUUGUCCAUUAACUUUGGUCCCGCUGUCAACAUCUCCGUCGACAUGGGUCUGCAGGGCGACCCGAAUAUCAAAUGGGCGGACGGUUGUCAAGGUAGCCAGCCCUCGUGUCGCGAAUUCAUAAGAAAGGAGCAAAGCGAUAUGGGGUGGGAUUGGGCACCCCAUAUUGUCCCAGCAGGGCCGUGGCGUGAAAUCAGUGUCGUCCAGCUCAAUAGUUCAGCGGUAUACGUCAACAAUGUGGCGAUAGACAUCUACCGGCAAGGACAAAUGAACAAUCUGCCGCCGGACCAAAAUCAGAACUGGAUAUUCAAUGCUUCUCUUGACUACGUCGGCUCCCUUCCCUCCGGAUCAGGACUCUCCUUAUCACUCACAGAUGCCAAUGGUAACUCGGUCCUCUCAACCUCCCUUUCCGAUGCUACUAUCGGUGCGUCAAACGGGUCCGGCACCAUCACAGCCUCUACGACCAUCGAUGCCUCUCAAGUUCAGUUAUGGUGGCCAAAUGGCAUGGGGGCACAAACUCUUUACCAAGCGAGUAUCGCAAUCACAUCGCCAGGUGGAUCGAAUGCCAGGCGUCACGAAAAGCAUCGGCGUAGCAGUGAUAGCAUCGCUACCGUGGAGAGGACCGUCGGCUUUCGGACAAUUGUAUGGAAUGGGCAGCCAAUCUCGGCUGCCGAUCAAGCCCUUGGAAUUGCUCCGGGUAGCAACUGGCACUUUGAGAUCAACGGUGAGAUUAUGUAUGCCAAAGGUGCCAAUCUGGUCCCUCUCAACGCUGUGUGGGCGACUCAAUUGUUCGAACUUGCCGUUCAGGCCAACUUCAACAUGAUGAGGGUAUGGUCAUCCGGAGCGUAUCUUGCCGAUUACAUUUACAGCAUUGCCGACAAGGCAGGCAUCUUGCUGUGGUCCGAAUUCGAAUUCUCCGACGGCGCCUAUCAAGCCACUGGAGAAUUUCCGGCGUUGUACGAGGCUGAGGCGUAUUACAAUAUUCGACGAGUAAACUACCAUCCUAGCUUGGCAUUAUGGGCUGGCGGAAACGAACUCGAGGCAGACGAAUUAGCGUACUGGUUCAAUCCCAACUCUCCAUCGCCCCAGAUGGCAGCUUAUCAAGCUAUCCAGGAGGAGCUCUUGAUCAAAUGCGUUUACGCCAACUCGCGGUCGAUAAGUUAUAUUCCUUCCUCCCUCUACAAUGGAUACUUGUCCCUGGAUUUCGACUCGGUUCGUCCCCAAGUUCCACGGUACAAGAACACUAGUGGCCCUGAAUAUCUCUACAAUGAUGCAGAGGGCUAUGUUCUUUUCACCAAUCAAUGCUUCAACAUCAGCUUCUAUCCGUCCAGUCGUUUCGUCGACGAGUUUGGCUGGAAUUCUUUCCCGACGACCGAAGUCUUUGACAACAUCGGGCAGGGGAUCGACUCGUGCUAUGAUCCCGUUGUCAUCUAUCAUAAUCGUCAUGAAGGAGGUUUCUUUGGCCAGGUUCUGACUCCCGAACAAGAAUCGCUGGCGGGAAUCAACCAGAUGUUGAGUGGACAAGUGAUGUAUUAUCCCGUCCCAACGCUCUCAGAUCCUGCUGCGAACUUUACUGCUUGGAUUUACGGCUCUCAGGUGUUUCAAGCAGACCAUCUAGCCACACAAAUCUCUGUAUAUAGACGUGGCUCUGGUCAAUCUCAACGUAAUCUGGGAAGCUUGUACUGGAUGUUCAAUGAUGUCUGGGUCGCGCCAACGUGGUCAGCCGUCACUUCGAAUUUGAAAUCCAAAGUGAUGGUCUAUACCUCGCGUGACAUUUACUCGCCCGUGAUUGUCAGGCCGUACUACGAUGUCGACGUGGGUGACCUUCAGGUGUGGGUCACGUCGGAUCAAUUCUUCCCGGUGUCGGGAAAUGUGAAGAUCGAAUGGAUGACAUGGUCCGGAGAGCCGCAGCGGCAACCAGUGUCAUCGGAAGUAUUGCCGCGGCUGCUACCUCAGCAUUGCAUCUACCCGUCUCGAGCGUUCAGACAUUCCCGGUCACAGUCUCAGCUGUCAAUUUCGACGACUGUCACCGGCAACGGACAGACUUUCACCCACCAGUCUUGGUAUCAUCCAGUAUAUCUGAACAACGCAACACUGAUGGAUCCUAAGCUCACGAUCUCGUGCGAUUCGGGUAGCAACUCAUUCACCGUCACCGCCCCGGCAGCUGUGGCGGCAUGGGUGGUCCUUGAUUAUUCGUCGCAUGAAGUCUCCGGAUAUUGGUCUGAUAAUGGAUUCUGGUUGGGUCAGGGCGAGUCGAGGACGGUCCAAUUCACGGUUUGGAACGACUGGACUGGCGAUUCCAGCUGGCAGCAAGGAGUGACGGUGAGGAGUAUGUACGACAACGUGAUCAGCAGAGAGUACGCUGCCACAGUAGGGGCCUGA